AUGGAUUGUGCUUAUCAUAAUAAAAAAUAAGUAUCAUUAAUAUGUAUCGCUCCUCACAAGUGUUAAUUUUAAAGGAAAUUGUGCGUUGAAUGCCUUUCUGACCAUGGAAUCAAUUUCACCGAACAAACAGUCUCGAUUGAUAGAUUUGGAGAGAUUCUUAUCAAGAAAUUAAAAGAAUCUUAGCUAAAUGAGACAUCUGAAUUUAACAAAUAAAGAAUGAAUUUUAAAUCCAUUCUUUCUCAAAUUAAGAGUAUGAUGACGAAAAUUUGGGAAGAUUUGAUACCAUCAAUAAACUAAGUGUACGAUAUGAUUGAAUAGGAAAAUACAUAAUACAUUAACCUUAUCAGCAACAAUAUGAAUAUAGCUAAAUCCUCAUAUUCUGAUUUAGAAAAAUUAGUAUAAAUUAUAGUAGGAAACACAUUAAAUUUAUGGAAUACUUAGAAAAACUUUUAUUUGAUGAAAUUAGAAAAGGCAAAGAAUUGGUGGGUUUAAGAAAUUCAGGCUUUUAAUUAAAAGAUAAAAAAAGAAAUGAAUUAAAUUCAUUUAAUUAGUUAAUAAGAUUUGCUAUCAAAUAGUGUUUAAGAAGUGAAACCGUUAAUAUAAUCUGAAGUGAGAGAUUAAGUUAAAACUCAAUCAUAAAAAGAAUUUGAACAUUAAUAAUUAUAAUAAUAAUUCUAAUAACAAAUUUAAAUAAAAUUAUCAUCUUAAUUCAAUUUCAAACCAUUUAAUUAUUAGAUAAUUGAAGAUAACUCUAUUCAAUAAAAAGAAACCUGUCAUGCAGUUGCUAUUAAUAAAGAUUGUUCUGUAGUAGCAGCGGGAUGUAAUAAAUAAAUUAAAAUAUAUCAAUUCUAAUAAGGAAUGUUAUAAUUAAAUCAACUUUUAAAUAAACAUAAAAUUUGUGUGACUGUUUUAUAGUUCAUGAAAUAAUCAAAUAAAUUGAUUUCUGGUGAUUAUGGUCUUAUUUUUAUUUGGGCAUAUAAAAAUAAAUCAUGGAUCUGUUCAUCAAUAAUUAAAGGUCAUACAGAUCAUAUAAGAUGCAUAAUUUUAAAUAAUAAUGAGGAUCUUUUUAUAUCAAGUAGUUAUGAUAAGACUAUUAAGUUUUGGGUUAAAUAAAAUAAAUGGAUCUGUUAGUAAAUAAUUACAGAUCAUAGUGAUUGGGUUCAUCAAUUAAGUUUAAAUGAAUAAUAAAAUUAAGUUAUAUCUUGUGGAACUGAUCGAUAUAUAUUAGUAAUUGAAUAAUAAGAAAAUAAUAAAAAUUGGAUUGUAAAGUAAAAAAUAUAAGGUUUUGGAUAUCGAUUAUGCUUUAUCAAUGAUAAUAUAUUCACAUUUUAAUCUGUGUCUGGCAAUUUAAUCCAUGUUUAUUAAUUGGAUAGCGUAAGUAAAUAGUUCAUUUAAUCAAAAGUUAUUUUUUUAAAUCAAGGUAAUGAAGGAAGUAUAUUAUUUCCAUAGUAGUUUAUUAAAUAAAAAUAAUUACUUGUAACUAAGUAUGCUAAAUUUGUAAAUUUAAUAAGAUUUACUGAAAAUGCUGAAUUUGAACUUGAAUAAUCUAUUUACUUUGGUACAAAUUAAAUAUUUGGGUAAAUGAGUGAUGAUGGAGAAUAUUUAAUUACUUGGGAUGAGACAUCAACUUAAAUAUAAAUAAGAAGGUUUAAAGAAAACUGA